CAAUCACGUUGUCGCGUUUUCAAUAGUCAACUUGUUCAGGGCUUAAUUCGAUUGGUGCUAUUGGCGAAAAACAUGUCAGGAGAUGUCAGGACGACCGCGACUCAUGUUCGACGUGCUUGUGAUUGUACAAGAUAUCACACAACUUCGCUAAACAUCCGCUAAGAGAGCAUUCUCGCCGGCUGGCUGAGUUGCGCCCUCGUAACUUCUUAGACAAGUAAUAUACAGACACGCGUCUGUGAAGCGUUGUUUUGGCCCGGCAGUGAGCAAGGGAAGUUUAUAACAGUGUGUGUAGAACCCUCGGUCGACGGCGGCAUUGCCAACACUCAAAGAGUAAUCUUAUAAUUGAUUUAAAAAGUGUGGUGUAUUUGUGGGUUCUGUAAUAACGAGUUCAUCCGUGGAAAGAUACAAAGUUUAUUCGUACAAUGGCUGGCAUCACGGCGAGUUUUGGAUUUCCGUACACUUCACAGUUUCUCAUGCCUGGCCACCACAGUUGCUGCGAAGGCAACGCAGGCCAACUAACGCCACAUUCCCCACAUACACCAAGAGUCUGUACGUGUCAGCUGGAGCAGGUUUUACAAGCGCAGCAAAAGAUGAGUGCUGUCCCUCUUGGCCUUCUUCCCCGCGUUACACCAAGCUACUCAACAGAACCCAAUCUUAUAUUUGGGCCACGGGACUCGAGUGCAGUUGGCUAUUCGCCCUUGCUGAGACAGGCGUGUGACGUUAAAGAUCUGAAUGCAGGCGCACUGAACUCAGCGUGGUUCGUAAACCCAGCAACGAGAUACUCGGAUCACCAGAAUGGUUUCGAACGAAGCUACCUCGCCUGUCACGCCUAUGGAGAUAGAUUUUCGCCAAUCGAUCUUAACUCCGGCGCGAGGCGUAAGAACGCGACACGAGAAACUACGAGCACACUCAAAGCCUGGCUCUACGAACAUCGUAAGAACCCGUAUCCGACGAAAGGCGAGAAAAUCAUGUUAGCAAUUCUGACAAAAAUGACACUGACCCAAGUCUCGACCUGGUUCGCUAACGCCAGGAGGCGGUUGAAGAAGGAAAACAAAAUGACGUGGUCGCCCAGGAACAGGUGUGGAGAACGCAAGGAUAGCGAGGGAUAUAGUGAUGAUGAAGAGGACGAUGAGGGUAUAGAAUCCAAAACGGACGACCUCAUUAAAUCUGAGGAGAAAGACUCAUUCAGGAUGACGACGGUCAUCAAAUCUGCUGAAGUUUCAGAGGCGCCUAAGACACGGGAUCCAAGCCCCGUAUCAACUUCAACACAAGCUUCCAGCACAGCACAAAGCUACACGCACGAGCCAGACGUCUCAUUUGCUAACGCAGCUGAACAGAGACUGAUAUGGUCUACAGGAAGGUCACCCGUCGCAAUAGACAAUAGUAGAAUAAAACAUACCUCGUCCAUCGAGGAUUCGCCCGUGAAGAGCUUAAGGAAAUGGGUAGACGGUUGUUUUGACAACUCUAGAACGGGUACCGCACAAGCGCCGGAUACGCCGCCCCAGACACCGCCAUGCGAAACCGAUCGACUCUCAGAGAGGCUAAUGCAAUCGAUGGAACGGGAGAAACAGGAGACGAUAAAAUCACCAAGUCCUUCUCCGUCAAACGAAAGAAAUGUGGUGUACAAGGAAAACACGCAAGACAGGUGUCAGGAAGAAGAACCGAAUGACGGUACAACAAAUCGUGAAAUCGACGCUGCUUUAGCGCUUACGACACUGUUUGGCUCGAGGAGUUAAGACGCAUCCACCUAUAAAACACGUACAAAAACAGAAAAAAAAAGGCGGCUGGUCCAUCUUAAAAAUACGCAAAGACUCGUCGAGAUUAACUAUAAAGCAUACACGAGAAUGCUUUGUUUAUAGUAUAUACAGAUAAUACAGUCACAUCCAAGAUGAUGACUUAACAGUUACAAAUGUUUGAGAAAAAGUUACAAACUUUGAUUAACCUUAGAGAAAUACUAUAAUUAGAGUGCCGUUUUGGGGGUAUUGCAUGCAUGCAUGCCCUUACGAAUUUUAAAGUAUUUACUAAAGCAUUUUAAGUUUCGAGUCUGUCAACUGCUUGUAUGUUGCAGUGCAGUUAAUAUGUUUGAUUUACACGUUUUGGAAAUCACAUCUUUCACAUCACAUCGGAUUUCUUCGCAUUCAUACAAAGAAGUACCUAGUACCUAAGUAUUGCAUGGCAUCCAGUAGACUAUAGAAGUAGUUAUGCAAUUUAGACAAAGUUAGUAAAACAUCCAGUAGACAAGUUUGAUAAAAUGUUAACGGGCUGUUCCAACCAAUAUUGUUGGACCAUAACGAGGUCGAACAUCAUCCGAAAGUGGUCAACAUUACCAAACAUAGAAUUCAAAUAGGCUGAGAUGUUGCAUUCCACGUGCAAAUUUGUCGUGAAAAAUUGAGCGAAGUCAGACUUCCUUUUGAGUAAAGUGAAAAUGAGAAAUAAUAAAAAACUUAGAUAAUAAAAAAACAUAGAAUGUCCAAGGAUGAACAACGGGUUGCUGGUAAUGUUGGCCAAGAAUAUUUUGAUGCACGCUUCCACUUUACAUUUUCGACUGCCGUUAAAGAAAAAUUUUGCCAACGACAAAAUGUUUCUACAUUAUAUUGCCUCGGGAAGCCAGUUGCUACAAGUGGUUGCAUGACUUCGCUUGACAUUUUAUUGACGUAGAUAACAAAAUAAGAACCUAAUGCUAGGAGAAAAUAGUUCAUGAAAUCAAUUGUAGGUUCAGUCGUAGGUUUUAGCAAGAAAUUUCUUUAUCUAUUACUGUAAAUUGUACAAUAACAAACAUGGCGUCGUACGAGAUCACGUGACACAGAAAAGAAAAACCAAAUCACAACCUAAAUGGUGUGCUAAAAGCACUUUAACAUUAAUUAAAUUGUAUUAUUUUUUACAUCGGACAAGAACUGCUCGAAGCAAAGAUGAAAUUAAUAUUAGAAGAAAUUCGUAUAGGUAAUUGAAUGAAAUGUAGAAAGUACUAAUAUGCAUACUAAUAUUGUGAAAAAAAAA